AUGGAAGCCAAAGAUGUCAGCGCAGUGUCUAGCCUUCUAAACCGUUACAUGAAACGGUUUGAGCUCUCGCAGACUUUCAGUGAGGAGGAGAUCCAACAUCUAUUCAUCAACAAGGAAAACACGUCGGAGACUGUCGUAUAUUCAUUCGUCGUCGAAGACAAGGAUACCCAUCAAAUCACGGACUUUUUUUCAUUUUAUUCUCUAGAAUCCUCUGUGAUCCAAAACGAGAAACACAGCAAUGUCAGAGCUGCAUACUUGUACUACUAUUCCACAGAGACAGCUUUUGCCGAAAAUGAAAAGGGUCUGAAAGAGCGUCUGCAGCUACUUAUCAAUGACGCAUUGAUUAUCGCUAAGAAGGAGAAAUUCGAUGUAUUCAAUGCCCUGACAUUGCACGAUAACCCUCUAUUCCUCGAAAAGCUCAAGUUUGGUGCUGGAGAUGGACAGCUUCACUACUAUCUAUUUAAUUACAGAACAGCACCCAUCGCCGGUGGCGUUGAUAGCAACAAUGAGCCUGAUGAGCGCAAGAGGCACGGUGUCGGUGUUGUUCUUGUUUGA